AUGCCGGGGUCGGAAGAGAAGGCUGACGAGAACGGCCACACCCUUAUGAAGAAGGCAGAAGAAGACGAGGUCAUCGAAGAUGAGUUCAAUAUUCACUCAACAGUCGGCCUGGUCUCUGCGCUGCUUCUGUCCUGCCUCGCCUCGACGGUGAGCGAUUCCAAAGACCUCAAAGACUUUGCAGAGGAGCGUGACCGCAGAUGGGAGUUGCAGGCCGAGGGAGUUUCCAUCUUCGACGUAUACCAGGCCCUGAUUUUCGUUUGCAUGUCCUGCAAUGUGCUUGCCAUCAUGACAGCGAUUGCGCGCCUUAUUGCUUUUCAGCGAGUUUCGAAGUCUGAUGCCCCGGAGUUUCAGAGGAUAAUGGGAGCAGGACGGGUGGGAUGGUGCACAGGUGCACUGCCAGUUGCGGCAAUGGCAGUUGGUGUUAUCUCUUAUAUUCUGGUGAUGCUGGUUCAAGGGUACCUAGUGAUGCACAUGAAGACCUUUUGGUUCUGUGUGGCGACCAUAACAGUCUGCAUCAUUCUCUGGGCAAGCCACGAAGUCUGGAUCAUCCUGGCAAAACGAGCUGUGAAUCACCCUGAACUCCUGAAGCUUACUUGUGCGGAUGCGCCGCAGGAUAGCGAGUAUGAAGAGCUCGAUAGCUCAUAG